AUGUGGACCCCACUCGAGCAAAUCGCAUACGGGUUCUGUAUCUUUCCAUUCACUCCCGUCGCCGUCGACGCUGAUCACUCGGGCCACAAAAAUAAUCCGCAUCAGAUUCAGCUCGAAACUGGCGAUGAAAUCUACGCCUUCGAGCAGAUACGCUUGGCUGGACAGCCUAUCUGGUACAGAGGCUACGUCGUCUCCACCUCCCGCUAUCCUUCAUCCGCCACUGCUGUUCACUCUCUCCCCACCACCGUAGAGGCUCCCCAGGUCGAUAUAGGCAUUUUCCCCUCCACUCACGUCAGAAUACGCCAAAUGCUUCCAGAUGCUGAGGGUCGAAUGGCUUCAACCUUCCACGCCUUCCAAUCCACUCUUAAACACCUUCCUCAACGCUCAAACUCAACCAAUAUCGCUAAAUCCCCGUCAUUUGGUAAAAUGGAGACUUUAGCAGAGGAAGAGGAAGAGGAUGACGGCGCCAAGGCUUCUUUGCCGCUGAGCGAGAGUGACUAUACCCAUAUAGACGAGUCAGAUCAGUUAGAUGAAAUGGAUCACUUGGCAGAUUUCAACCAGACUUUUCCCCAAAAAUCAAAGAAAUCGCCCGAUAACAGACCUCCUCCGCCUCUCCCUUCUAUGAAAUGCGGUGACGAGACUAGCUUUGGUCAUAAUGAACCUCUCAUUGAUGAAAUCGCGUGCGCUUUGAGGGAAUACUUCACUGCAUUGCAUAUAUCCUUACUCAAUACAGAUUACGUCCUUUUUGACAAGAUAAGAAGCAACAUGAAUGCCCUCAACUACGCCCGUAUGCAGCUUCUCCAGCAUUCUUCCUCAGACACUGACUCCAGCGACGAUCUUAUCGACCUCCGUGCAAGAGCGGUUGAGAGGCUUGUAAAGGCAAAUGUCGACCUAGGUUUAGAUGUCAUUGUCAGGCACCCCACCACAGGCGCCCUUGCUAACAUUUCCAAUGACAACGAUCAUCUCGAUAAAAGGGCUUGGAUUUCCUCUAUUCGAAUGUACGCUCAACAAGUCGAAUUGGCUUACAUCAACUCUCCAGGCAAGCAUUCAGGCGCUCCCAUAUCUCAACCCUCACUCAAACCUCUCCACACUUCUAAAUCAGUUUCCAAUUUGGCUGAGCCUCUUUCACUCACUCGCAGAACUCCCUCCCAAGCUCACUCUCCAUCUAGCGCCAGUGAUUCGAGUGAAUUCUACCACGUAUACCUCAAUCUUAGAUCUUUCAACGCUAGUCCGUGCUACGUUGGUGAGACUGUUGAGCUUUUCUUCUCUCUCUAUUCCGCAACCCAAGCAAGGUUUCUCACUGAAGACCAUGUCAUUAUUCUCGAUCACAAUGGAUUGCCAACGAGCAGAAAUCCUGACUUUGUCUGUACGCUCUUCAGAGACUUGUCUAACGUCGACGUCAGCGACAAACUCUAUUUGGUAUGCAAAAUUGUCAGGAAUGGCUUCCUCAAGUCCCCUCUGAAUUUUGAUGACACUGCUGGAUCGCCUAUACCGUCGCGAAAACUUCUCAGAAGACCUUUUGGCUGUGCGGUGCUGAAUCUCGGUCAGCUCUCUGCCAAAUCUAACCAAGAAAUGAAUGAAGCUGUGCAGUACUCAAUGCCCAUCUACGUACCAUCGAUGACUUCUGGCGUCGCUGCGGAGAACCUUUUCGCCAAUCUCCAUCAAGAUAUCAUAUCCAACAACGUCAAGGUAUUCGAUGCGUCUACAAGAGCAACUGAUAUCAGCGUGUCAGUCAAGUCUUUCCAUGGCGCCUUCAAUCAGAUGUUGAGAGAUCACUCAGGCGUGCUGCUCAACGUACCGACAACGGCUCGAUUAGGGUUUAGUGAUGCAGUCUUUCCAGCGGAUAUUAGAAAUGAUCUGUAUUGCAAACUCUGGUCAGGUGAUUUCACAUCUAUUCUCGCUAGCUCUACGUCGAGAUUGAGUCUGCUUUCCAACACAAACUCAAGCGCGUCAAAAAAUAUUCAAGUUACAGUGGAAGCGAGGAGGAAAGAUGGCAGCAGGAUCGAUAACUGCUUUACUGGUGGCACGGGCGACAAAGUGCAGUCGUUAUGGGACUUCACUGUAUUCACAAACAGCGCUCAGCCGACGUGGGGCGAGAUGGUUAAGCUGACCAAUGUAUCAGCGCAGGAGUUUUUAGAUAUUCAUUUGUUCUUCACUAUCAGGAACAAGUCGAACAAAGAUAAAGAUGGGUCUAAUUCGAGUAAAGAGCGCUUGAAGGAUCACGAGAAGGGUGAUGCCUUCACUGAACCUCCUUUUGCUUGGGGCUAUCUGCCGAUUUUUAACGAGGGCCGCGCCUUUCUACCUGAUGCCUCUCACACUCUGCAACUCUUCAAGUGUCUCGGCGAGCCUCCGAGCGCUUCUAUCUACCUCAACAAUAUCUUACCGACACAAUCUGGUAAGAAGGAUAGAGUGAUGUCUGGUAAUUCUUUGCAUGGAAAUGUCAACGGCACCCCAUCUAUCAGCAGUACAGAUGCUUUGAGUAGUCCUGGGUCCCCUCCAGAAACACAGAGAUUGCGUCCACUUCGAGAUUCAAUAUCUAUCCGCACUUUCCUUUGUUCAACGCUUUUUACCCAGAAUGCUGUUCUGCUGAAGCUGCUGAGUUGGGAAAGAGAAAGAUCAUAUCAUACAAAGUCAGCUGUUGAGAUUGAGAGUAUCUUAUCGCAGCUACCUUUCGUCGGCGAGCCGGAGAUUGUCAAGUUCCUAGCAGAGACAUUUGAUGCCAUUUUCGGUCUGAUGGCCUCAUCUGCCAAUGAAGGCGACAGAUUUGACCCACUGCUUUUCGACGCUUUGGUGAAGGUUUUGGGGAUAAUACAGGAUAGGAGAUUUAGCCAGUUUGAGACUGUUCUCGACGUCUACAUAAAUGAGAACUUCACAUGCGGUCCUGCUUCUUCACACUUGAUGAGCUCCCUUCAGAGGCUGUUAGCUAAACCUAGUGACCCAUCAACUGCUCAACAGCUACAUGCCGCUUUGAAGGUGCUGCCAUUCCUGAUUAGAUUUAUUGUCAGAUCAAGGGAAAUACAAAGGGAGAAAAGCGCUGGGUUGGAUGUAACUUCGGGACAUCUAGAAGACUCUUUCAAGAAGGAGUUGAUCAUGGUUUUGGAUGGACUCGUCAAGUUGAUGGAAAUGACCAGUCCAAAUUCCGUCAUCGGAACUCAAACAUUAGCAUUGAGGCACUUUGCAGGUUGCUUGCCCGAGUUAGAGAAGAUCUUUCCCUCAGAGGAGCUAGUUGAACACGUAAUGGCUUUUGCAGAGGCUUGCAAGGCCACCAAAGGGAAGUUGGUGGUUUAUAUUAUGCUCAACUACCUCCACGUUGUCAGAAGUGGACUUUUUGACAAACCAGGUACGCGCACUAUACUUGUCCCAACACUCAUCCGACUCGUCAAACCUCAUCUGGGAGCGUACGACGAGUAUCAGCAUGUCAAAUUGAAAGACCCUGAUCACGUCAGAGAAGUUGCGAGAGUAGGCUGGAUUGAGCGUCUCAGAUUGUGCGUCACCAUAUUAGCUACUAUGCUAGAUAAGCUGCAUGUAGCUAUAGUGGACCCAGCUAUCAGCGCCAGUCGAACAUUGAGUAGACAGGAGCAAGAUAAUGUCGAGGAUAUCAUGAGCUUAUUGCCAAAGUUACUCGAAUCAUACCACGAGCUGAAUUCGGACGGUUUGAUCGACACAAUCACGAAGCAUAAGUCCCCAUCUACCACGAUUGCAUCUAUACCAACAGUCUUUCCCGCAACUUAUCCAUUCAGCUUGCUUGCAGAAUUGCCGCAGUCACUGACACAGUCAGUAAUAAGCAACAGCAAAAGCAAGAAAAAAUCGCGCUCGUCAGCUCGCACUAGUCAUUUCAACUGUGCUCUGGGUGAAAUGGCUUCGGUUAUUUUGGUCAUUAUUCAACUUUUACCUAAAAAGCGUAUACUCGAUUUCAUUCAAGAAUACGCUGAAAUUGAGGGUGAAAGAAACUUGACCAAAUUCUUGACGAACAUAUUUAGCUUCUCGAUUGGUGUUCUCAAUCAUAAAAAUAGCGGUAUUGACGAGAAGCUCAUUCCGUGUCCGUAUCCCCAAAGCUGGCUCAAUAUCUCACUCUUUGCACAUCGCAUGGUGCUUAAGUUGGGUGAAUCUGUCUCUGUUGUCAUGGAGAGGCAAUACGUUCCAUCGUUAGAACUUGCAGGUGAAUUCAACAGAAAUUUAUGGAGGGUCUGCUUCGAGAUGUUUAUUAGAUUACUUGCAUCUCAUCAAUUGGUUAUAGAGGAGCACACUCCUCAAAAGAGACGCGCUGUGUGGAAAUUGGCUGGCGAUCUGAGAGGGGAAGGGGCGCAGACAUUCUCCAGGCUUUGGAAUGCUAUCGGUUGGCCUAAUAGCUCUGACGACAAAUCACAUAGAUCAACUAGAUAUGGCGGGUUCCAAAUCCAGUUUUCCGACUUGGUAGCUGAUCUACUCGAGUUAUGCUUGUCUCAUCACGAUGAACUGAGAAAGCACGCUGUAAAUAUACUCCACUCAAUGAUCGUCUCUGAACAUCACCUCAAUGGUCAUUUCGAAGCUAUCGAGGCAGAAGUGAUUGACAAGCUAGACAAACUGUUCAUGGAUACCACAAAGGGUGAUGAAAUCUCGCGUGCUUUCUUCGUCAGUGAACUCAGAUCGCUAUUCGAUUCACCGACAAUCGACGAACCACUUCGUCGGGAAGUGUCUCGCUUCCUCGAUUCUGUUGAUUAUUUCUUGGAGUUGCUCCUGUCAAUAAGAAACCUGCCUGAAGGGGAUGAGUUUGAGGAUGACAGACUUGAAGCUACGCUUAAGUUAAUGUCCUUUAUUAGGAAUCUCAGGGAAGAGAUAUACGUCAAGUAUCUGCAUGCGCUGGUACAUAUGCACUUGCGAUCGCACGCCUACGCAGAGGCGGGUAUGACACUCAAGCUGCAUGCAGACAUGUACAAUUGGGACACGUCGGCAGUGUUGGAGCCACUAGUCGACCUCAACUUGCCUAAGCAGACGCAGUUCCAGAGGAGAGAAACCAUCCUUGCCCACUGCAUGGAGUAUUUGGCCGCUGGGAAAGCAUUUGAAGUUGCCAUUGAAGUGUGCAAGGAUCUCGCACACCAGUACGAGAGCAAGACUUACGAUUAUCAAAAGCUUGCUGAUAUUCUGACCUAUCAAGCGUCUUUGGUCGACUCUAUUAUGAAAGGCGAUCGUGAAUUUCCUGAUUACUUCCUCGUUACGUACCAUGGUGGCUUCCCGCCUGUUCUGACGAAUAAGCAAUUUGUCUACCGCGGAAUGGAACAUGAGCAUAUCGAGGGCUUCUGCAGCAGAAUGCAAGCGAAACAUCCUAACGCGCACAUACUCAGCGGAAUACAGAGUGUCGGGGGAGACAGUGACACCAAAAAUACCACAGAGGCAGACAAACAGCAUUUGUUAAUUAUGGCCGUUACACCCGAGGUGGAUAGAACAUCACCCAUCAUACAGAAUCCUCGCAUCGCCGAACCUAUUCGCAAAUAUUAUGAGAAUAACACCGAUCUAUUCAGCUACACGCGCCCGAUGGAUAAAGACUAUGGAAGUAACACCGGGAACAUUGAAGGGGAGUGGAUGGAGAAGACUCUCCUGCAGUGCGAAAGCCAGUUCCCGUCUGUAAUGAGACGAUCUGAGGUAAUUGAAACGAGGACAGUCCAAGUGUCUCCAAUUGAGCUGGCAUUUGAGGAGGUGGAGAUGAUGCGUCAAGAGAUGGCAGUAGUCAACUCUAAAUUUGAAACACAACUUCAAGGGCGAGAUGGCAAAAAAAAUCAGACGCAGCAGAACAUCAGAGUGGAGGCGCUGUCGAUGGUGCUGAACAAUGCAUGCGAUAUACCGGUCGACGCGGGUGUGUCUUACUACAGAUCUACAUACCUGGCUAUGAAUAUGAAGGAGGUCAAUCCAUCAAGUCAGCGCUUGGAGAAGGGACUGAUAAAUCUGGCGUUGACGAUUAGGAGGGGUAUAGAUAUACACAAGUCCAUGUGUACUUUUGAGAUGGCGAGAUUUCACAUGACGUUGGAGAAACUGUUUGUCAAGAACUACGCACAUGAAAUAGCACAGUUUCCAAAGGUGAUAGGUGAUGAGAGUAGUGAAUUGUCGCCGUCUAGUUCGUUGAAAUCACUUGAAAAGGAGAGGAGGAAUAGGAACGCAUCUGUAGCGACUAACGGGACUAAUGGGACUAAUAACAGCUCAGUCAACACUACUAAAUCGAACAAACCAACACUGUUGUUGCCGAAACUGACAAGUAUGAUGUCUAUGUCGAGGCAACGCAGCUCGCCUACGCGGGAGCACAAAGCGAGCAGCCCAAAGAGUAAAGGUAGUAACAAAACAGAUGGAUCACCUCAAUUUAGUCUGGGAAGGCUUGAAGAGAGGGUGUCUAUGAGGAAGCAGCAUUAA